GGUGACCCCAGGCGGCAAUGGCGGUGCGGCUGCUCCGAGCGCGACUCCGAGUCACUGUGACCUCGGCCCCAGGUCCGGCCCCAGGCCCACACUCAUCAGCGGCUGGCAUCCACACCAGCUGUACCAGGAGCUUGAAGUAUGGCUGGCUGGCUUUCGCAUUGGGCGAAAGAACAACCCCAAGAAUGAAGGAGAUGAGUAAGAUCAUCACCGUCGAGGGAAACCUGGCAUCUGGGAAAAGUGAACUGGCACAGAAACUGGCUCAGCGUCUGGACAUGCUGUACAUCCCUCAGGCUGGUGUCCAUUACUGGGAAAAGAAGCUUGGAGAUGGCCCACUGCUGGAACCCACGUUCAGCGGGAACUGUAGCUUGGAAAAAUUCUACGCUGAUCCCAAAUUCUCGGAUGGGAAUUCUUACAGACUACAGGCCUGGCUGUACCAUGUCCGCACCCUACAGUACUCAGAUGCUCUGGAGCACCUGCUGCAGACAGGUCAGGGGGUGGUGCUGGAGCGGUCGCCAUACAGUGACUAUGUCUUCCUAGAAGCCAUGUACAACCAGGGCUACAUCCGGAAACAGUGUGUCGAGCACUACAAUGAAAUAAAGGAGAUCAGCAUAUGUGAGUUCCUGCCUCCUCACUUGGUUAUCUACCUAAACCUACCUGUGGAAGAGGUACAGAAGAGACUGAAACAGCAUGGAACGCCCCACGAACAGAAGAUUUCCGCCGGAUAUCUGCAGGGGAUCGAGGAUGCUUACAAGAAGUCCUUCCUGCCAAAGAUAAGUGAGGUGAGCGAGGUGCUAGAGUACAGCGGGUUGCAGCUUCCUGAAACGGAGCGGAUCAUCGAAGACCUGGAGCUCUUGAAGUGGGAUAAAGGACCCUGGCUGGAGCAAGAUGAUGUGACCUUCCACAAGCUCAGGGUCCUGGUGGAAAACAAGCAGGCCGUGGCUGACUUAACCAUCAUCCCCAAGUUCAUCCCAGAGAUCACCAUCGGAGCCCACGAAUUUGAUGAAGCAUUUUACAAAUACAAAGAGCGGCCGGGUAGGCAGUAUCAGAAAGGUUACAAUGAAGACGUGGGAGACAAGUGGAUUUGGUUGAAAUGACGGUGGGCGCUCUCUAGAGAAGGCUCUGUAACCUCUGAUUCUGCUCUUCGAAGCUGCUGAUCUCGGGCAGGGACGACUCAGUGGGCUCAGUGUUGCAGCUAGUCACUGUAUGUCCUUCAGCCCAUGUACAACAUUUCAAGCAUCUUUGUCUUGUUCGUAGCUAAUAAAACUUGAAAU